AUGUCAUUUAGCAACAGUAAUACGGCUUCCUAUAUGACUAGUAGCAACGAAGAAGAACGGAGUAUAAACGGUAAAAACGAUAUAGAUAAUGAUGGUGCGUACAGUAAUAAUAUCAGAAAUAGUAGCAAUUCAACGCCAAAUACAUUUCAAUUAUCAAGCUUGGAUUUAGAUGUGGACAUGAGGAUGGAUUCCGCCAAUUCAUCGGAGAAUAUAUCAAAGAAUUUCUCCUCUGGUAUCCCAGAAUCAUUUGAGUCCAACUUAAACACUUUGUUGUCUCCGUCAAGCGGUUCUUAUUCUACAGAUCUAAACUACCAAAGUCUAUACAAACCAGAUCUUCCACAGCAACAAUUACAACAGCAACAGCUGCUGCAACAGCAACAGCAACAGCAACAAAAGCAAACACCAACCUUAAAGGUUGAACAGUCAGACACAUUCCAAUGGGAUGAUAUUCUAACGCCUGCUGAAAAUCAGCAUCGGCCAUCUCUCACAAACCAGUUCUUAUCUCCUAGGUCUAAUUACGAUGUCACCAAUAGGAAUACAGGCAAUGACACCAAUUAUAGUGAUACAGAAUCAAACUACCAUACGCCUUAUUUGUAUCCACAGGACAUAGUUUCCUCACCUGCGAUGUCUCAUUUGACUGCGAAUAACGAUGAUUUCGACGAUCUUUUGAGCGUUGCAUCCAUGAACUCAAACUAUUUACUACCAGUAAACUCACAUGGCUACAAACAUAUUUCGAAUCUCGAUGAAUUGGAUGACUUGCUAUCCUUAACAUAUUCAGAUAAUAAUCUUUUAUCAGCAUCAAACAAUGGCGAUUUUAGUAGCAGCAACAAUGUUAUUACGAAUACCACUAAAACUCAAAAUAGUGCUAUUGACGUUAACAACAGUAAACCUGGCACUAACCAAAAGAUGUUAUUGACAAUACCAACAUCUUCUACCCCCUCUCCUUCUACACACGCUGCCCCAGUAACACCCAUCAUUUCUAUACAAGAAUUUAAUGAGGGGCAUUUCCCAGUCAAAAAAGAAGAUGAUAGAACGUUACAACUAAAGCUCCGGGAUAACGACAACUAUGGAAUUACAAACAGUAACAACUUACUUCGUCCAGAUGACAAUGAUUACAACAACGAAGCCCUAAGUGAUAUCGAUCGUUCUUUUGAGGAUAUUAUCAACGGUCGAAAAUUGAAACUUAAGAAAUCAAGAAGAAGAUCUUCUCAAACUUCUAAUAAUAGUUUUAGUAGCAGGAGAUCUUCCAGGUCGAGAAGCAUAUCACCUGAUGAAAAGGCAAAAUCUAUAAGUGCGAAUAGAGAAAAGUUACUAGAGAUGGCUGAUCUCUUACCGCCUAGGGAAUAUGGUGGCAUUAAUCAGGAGCCUCAUGAACACGACAUUAAUACUAGCUUUAACAGCACCGCUAACAGCUGCAACAGUAAUGAAGAAAAUAGCAAUAUCAAUUUACCAACCAGUCAAGGAGAUAUUGAAUCGAACGUUGUCGAUAUUAAAACUGAAUUGGAUAACACCAGCAAAGAUCUUGGCAUACUUUUAGACAUAGGUAACUUAAACCAGUUUGAGCCGAAAGUUAACUUCAAAGAUGAUGACAAACACGAGAACAACGAUAAUGGUUUAUUUUCUUUGAAGAAAAAUGAUAAUUUAGAGAAGGUAGAUAAUACGACAAAUAACAGGAAGAAUCCUGCGAAUUUUGCUUGUGAUGUAUGUGGUAAGAAAUUUACAAGGCCUUACAACUUAAAGUCUCACUUAAGAACGCAUACAAAUGAAAGACCAUUCAUUUGUUCCAUUUGUGGUAAGGCAUUUGCACGCCAGCAUGAUAGAAAGAGACACGAAGAUUUGCACACAGGUAAAAAAAGGUAUGUGUGCGGUGGUAAACUGAAGGACGGUAAACCCUGGGGUUGUGGCAAGAAGUUUGCAAGAAGUGAUGCUUUGGGUAGACAUUUCAAAACUGAAAGCGGUAGGAGAUGUAUCACUCCCUUGUAUGAGGAGGCUAGACAGGAGAAAUCGGGACAAGAAAUUUAA